AUGACGAAGAAGUUCGAGUUCAACUGGCAGAUCCCGGUGCCGGAACCGCUCCUUACCGGAUGCGUGUUUGAUCGCUGGACGGAGGAGAAGGACAACAACGAGCUGGAACCGAACUGCAUGUUCAAGGUGGACGAAUACGGGUUCUUCAUCUACUGGAAAAGCGAAGGCCGGGAAGGUGACGUUAUUGAGUUAUGUCAAGUCAGCGAUAUCCGAGCGGGCGGAAUGCCGAAGGACAUGAAGCUGUACAAUCAAUUGUGCAACAAGCACGGCGAGAACGUGGAGGAAAAAUCUCUGACCAUCUGUUCGGGCACGGACUACAUCAACAUCAACUAUCAGCAUGUCGUCUGUCCGGACGCAGCGACGGCCAAGCUCUGGCAACAAGGUCUUCGCGAUAUCACACACAACAUUAAAAUGAACAACGUUUGCCCUAGGACUAACCUGAUGAAGCAUUGGAUGAGGUUGGGAUUUCUAGUCGAUCCGCGUGGAAAAGUUCCAGUGAAGGUGGUCGCUCGAACGUUUGCCUCCGGCAAAACGGAAAAAUUGGUCUAUCAAAUACUGUCCGAUCUGGGGCUACCGAGCGGCAAGAACGAUGCGAUCGAGAAAGAUGACUUUACGUUCGAGAAGUUCUACGAGCUGUACCACAAGAUCUGCCCCCGUAAUGACAUCGAAGAGCUGUUCCGGUCCAUCACACAGGGCAAAGCGAACUCCAUCAAUAUGGAUCAAUUUAUCAACUUUCUAAACGAAAAGCAGCGCGAUCCGCGAUUGAAUGAGAUCCUCUACCCGCUGUACGACGAGAAGCGAGCACUCGAAAUCAUCACCACGUAUGAGCAGAACGAUGAGGCGCGGGAAGCAAAAACCCUCACCAAGGACGGGCUGAUUCGGUACCUUAUGUCGGACGAGAACGCGCCUGUCUUUCUGGAUCGUCUCGACAUCUACAUGGACAUGGACCAACCGCUGUCGCAUUACUACAUCAACUCGUCCCACAACACGUACCUGUCCGGCCGUCAGUUCGGAGGCAAAAGCUCGGUCGAAAUGUACCGGCAGACGCUGCUGGCUGGGUGUCGGUGCGUCGAGCUGGACUGCUGGGAUGGAAAGGGGGAGGACGAGGAACCGAUCAUUACGCACGGUAUGGCGAUGUGUACCGACAUUCUGUUUAAGGAUGUGAUCUAUGCGCUGCGUGACACGGCCUUCGUCACUUCCGACUAUCCGGUGAUACUGUCGUUUGAAAAUCAUUGCUGCAAAUCGCAGCAGUACAAGCUGGCCAAGUACUGUGACGAGAUUCUGGGCGAUCUGCUGCUGAAGGAACCAAUUCCAGACUUUCCGCUCGAUCCGGGCGCAGCACUACCCCCACCGUCCUUGCUGAAGCGAAAGAUCCUCAUCAAGAACAAGCGGCUAAAGCCGGAGGUGGAGAAGAAGGAGCUGGAGCUGUUCCUGCAAGGCGAGUUCGUGAUCGAGGACGAAGACAAGGAGGAUGCGAGCGCGGUAGUCGAUGUGUCAAAAAUUACCGAACUAGCGGCCCCGGCCGCAGCCGCAGUUGCACCGGUGGCAGCAGCUGCAGCAUCGCAAGACGGUGGCGAGGAAGCGCCAAUCCAAUACACCGGCUCUACGACGAACGUACAUCCGUGGCUAUCGUCGAUGGUGAACUACGCGCAGCCGGUCAAAUUCCAAACGUUCGAUUACGCGGAAAAGAAGAACGUCCACCACAACAUGUCGUCGUUCGCGGAGACGACCGGUAUGAAUCUGCUGAAGUCGCAGGCGAUUGAGUUCGUCAACUACAACAAGCGGCAGAUGUCGCGCAUCUAUCCGAAGGGUACUCGGGCCGAUUCGUCCAACUAUAUGCCGCAGGUGUUCUGGAAUGCCGGCUGCCAGAUGGUGUCACUCAACUUCCAAACGUCCGAUCUGCCGAUGCAGCUGAAUCAGGGCAAGUUUGAGUAUAAUGGCAACUGCGGUUACCUGCUGAAGCCGGACUUUAUGCGACGUGCGGACCGUAGUUUCGACCCGUUCGCAGACGCACCGGUCGACGGUGUGAUUGCGGCAUCCUGCGCGGUACAGGUUAUUGCCGGUCAGUUCCUUUCGGACAAGAAGGUGGGCACGUACGUAGAGGUGGACAUGUACGGUUUGCCGUCCGACACGGUGCGCAAAGAGUUCCGCACGCGCAUGGUCCCGGCCAACGGGUUGAACCCGGUGUACAAUGAGGAACCGUUCCUGUUCCGUAAGGUAGUACUGCCCGAUCUGGCCGUGUUGCGUUUCGGUGUGUACGAUGAGAAUGGUAAACUGCUCGGACAACGGAUCCUGCCGCUGGACGGUUUGCAGGGUGGCUACCGGCAUAUCUCGCUCCGCACGGAAGCCAACUUCCCGAUGUCACUACCGAUGCUGUUCUGUAACAUUGAGCUUAAAAUCUACGUGCCAGAUGGGUUCGAAGAUUUUAUGGAUGCGCUGUCGGAUCCGCGUGCCUUCAUGGGUGCCGCCAAGGAGCGGUCGGACAACAUGAAGGCAAUGGGUAUCGAGGAGACGGGCAAGAAGGACAAGGAAGAGCAGGCCCGGAAGGAGGAACAGCGCGUCACGGAACCACCGCUCGUGUUCGAUCCGAUCACGGUGGACUCGCUGCGGCAGGAGAAGGGCUUCCAGAAGACGGCCAAAAAGCAGCAGAAGGAGCUGGACGCGGUGAAGAAGAAGCACGCCAAGGAGCGGGCCGGCGUACAGAAGCAACAGAAUGCGGCGAUCGAGAGGUUGAUCAAGGGCAAAAGCAAGGACGAGAUUAAAGCCGACCCGGCGGUACGCAAACUGAUACAGGAGCAGAACACGCAGUGGACGGAAAUGGCCGAGCGGCAUAAGAAAGAGGAGUGGGAGUUGCUGAAGCAGCAACUCGCUGACCAGCAGGACAUUCUGCGCAAGCUGAUGGAAACAACGCAGGCCGCCCAGAUGAAGCAGCUCGAGGCGAAACACGAGCGGGAGAUUAAGGAGCUGAACAGUCGCCAGGCGAAAAUCUCGGUCGAAACAUCGAAGGAGGUCGCCAACGACAAAACGCUCAAGACCAAAGGCGAGAAGGAUCGGCGGCUGCGCGAAAAGAAACAGAACAACAUUAAGCGGUUCAUGGACGAGAAAAAGACUGCCACCAUCAAGCAGAAUCGGGAGAAGGAAAAGCUGAAAGUAACCCACGACAAGCAGCUGGAGGAGUUGGCGAACGAUGUGCAAAAGCUCAUCGAAAUGUACAAAGUGGACGAGGAGGAAUAUAAGCUGGCAUCGAAAUACGAAUUUUUCGCCUAA